GAGAGAGACAGAGAGAGAGAGAGCGAUAGUAGUUAUUCCUCAUACGACAGAGAGCAGACCAUCAGAGCGGUUAGCUAUGCGACAGCAGCAGCGACAGACUAACGACAAGAUGUUGAGUUUGGCUGUGCUGUGUGUGUGUGCCGUCGCCGGUGAAGUGUCCGCUCGUUCCACCAGCUGGAAUUUUCUGGACGACAAGUGGUUAACAGCGCGAUGGGACAAAUUCCGGGAUGAGCCGGGCGCAUGGAAUCCUGGUAAACCAUUUGAUCAAGGUCUGAACCCUUGUCUGAAGAUCAAGUGUAGCCGGCACAAAGUGUGUGUUGCAGAAAACUACCAGACUGCUGCUUGUGUUAGCCAGCGGAGAGUCAGUGUGAAGGAACCGGGCCUGUCUCUGAGUCCAGGGUCCAAAUGCAGACGCUGUCCGGUGGUCCAUCCAUCUCCUGUGUGUGGUAGUGAUGGACACAGCUACUCCUCCAAGUGUAAGUUAGAGUAUCAGGCAUGUAUCUCAGGGAAGCAGAUAUCAGUCCAGUGUUCUGGCCAGUGUCCCUGUCCUGCUGUCCUUCCUGGAUACAGCACAGCAGAAAAGACAGAGUGCAGUGAGUCAGAUAUAAAGGAGGAAGUGGGUCGUCUAAGAGACUGGUUCAGAGUUCUACUUGAGAACGGAAAGAAACUGAAGACACGAAUCAAACCUCAGAAACACAAAUUCAGCUCAGGGGCGGGACCUAUCUGUAAGGAUCCUCUUGGUUGGAUGUUCUCCCGCCUCGACACAAACUUUGACCUCCAGCUGGACCAAUCAGAGCUCAGCAGGCUGGGGCUGGACAGGAAGGAAGGCUGCUCCGACGUACUCUUCACUUCCUGCGACACACACCCCGACACACACCCCGACACACUCCUCCUCUCCAGUGCAGAGUGGUGCACCUGCUUCCAGAAAUACACAGACUCCCCCUGUUGGUCUGAACUGACCAGUUUGAACAAGAAACAGGCUGCGGAGAAGCUACUGGGUCAGUACCUGCCAGUGUGUGACGCCCAGGGUUACUACCGGUCCCACCAGUGUCACGGCAACAGCGGACAGUGCUGGUGUGUCGAUCGCUACGGCAACGAGGUCGCAGGGUCACGGACCCACGGAGCAGCAGACUGUGGGGCGGUGUUGGAAUCAUCUGGAGACCAAGGCAGCGGAGACUCUCUUUUCUCCGACGACGACGAUGAAGAUGACACCUUCGUCCUGAGCGACCAGUCUCAGAUCGAUGACGAAGAUGACAAAGACGAGGAUGACUAUGACGGAGAGGAAAGAUACCUGUCAUAACUACGUCACUCUGCACGUUUGCUAGAGGACUACAGCAGCAAUAAUAGUUGCUAGGCGACCUCUUCACACGCUAACAGACUAAAGACAUUUUUCUCUCUCUCUCUCUCUCUCUCUCUCUCUCUCUCUCUCUCUCUCUCUGUCUCUCUCUCUCUCUCUCUCUCUCUCUCUCUCUCUCUCUCUCUCUCUCUCUCUCUCUGUCUCUCUCUCUC